CUUUUUCUUUAUUUAUUUAUUUAUUUUUUGUAACCCAACCUAUAUCUUGUACAUUACACAGACAUGAUUGACUUCCAAAGAAUCCAAACUAUCUUAUUGAUAUGCUGGUGUGGACCUUCUGAGUCGCUUUCAUUGUGUUUUGUGUUGAAGUUGUUCCUUCAUCAACAUGAUGGCCCAAGCAAUUGGUAAAGAAAGGAAUUGCUUCACAAUUCUUACCUGUAAAUACAAUAUAUAGCAGUGACUCUUUCCUGUAACUGAUUAUCAACCUUGGUUUUAAAUAAUAGUAUUUGAUCCGUUCAUAUCAAACAGUAUUGGUCAAAAUAUUGAUAAAUAUUGAUAUUGCAAUUUCAAAGGGCAUUGGAAUUUGGAACCAUAACCCACCCAAGAUGUUCACUGUAACAUCACCAUGGAUGUUCUUGAUGUUCUUUCUUGUCAAAUCAUUCCCAACCAACUCAUUUGCCUCCACAUUCACUCUCACCAACAAUUGCCCACAAACAAUCUGGCCUGGAACACUCGCUGGUUCAGGGACACUGCAACUUUCAACAACAGGGUUCAAAUUGGACUCUGGCCAAAGUGUCAAAAUUCCGGCAUUUCCAGGGUGGUCAGGUCGGAUAUGGGCAAGGACAGGGUGCAAAUUUGAUGAGUCAGGGGUGGGUACGUGCCAAACAGGGGAUUGCGGUGGGAGGCUGGAGUGUGAUGGCGUUGGAGCCGCACCACCUGCGUCUCUCUUUGAGAUCACGAUGGGCACCAACGCCGAUGAGAAAGACUUCUACGAUGUCAGCAUUGUAGAUGGUUAUAAUCUUCCUCUCAUUGCUGCCCCACAAGAGGUGUUUGGAGUAUGCAAUGCCACCGGAUGUGUUUCAGACCUCAACACAGGUUGCCCAAAAGAGCUUCAGGUGGUCGAUGGGGACAAUGGUGGAGUGGGAGUGGUUGGAUGCAAGAGUGCAUGUGAGGCAUUUGGGCUAGACCAAUAUUGCUGCAGUGGGGAGUUUGCUAACCCAACUACUUGCAGACCCUCUUCUUAUUCCACCAUUUUCAAGACUGCUUGUCCGAGAGCUUAUAGCUAUGCAUUUGAUGAUGGUACCAGCACUUUCACUUGCAAGGCUUCCGAUUAUGCCAUCAUCUUUUGCCCCAAUCUCGCUUCUGGGAAGAAGAGAUCAAAUAGUGCAAUACCAAUACCAGCUCCACCAAUGGUCCAAUUUCAACACACUAUUAAUAGAGAGAUCUCAGACAUGGUUUCUUCCUCAAACAUUCUUUGGCCCAUUCCAUUAAUGUCAAUAAUCAUUAUAAUACUCCUCUCCGUGAAUUUGUUCUUACAAAAAUAAUGUUAUAUAAACAAAAUUUGUAUAUAAAUAUUUGAUAUGUCACGUUUAUAUUUAUACUCAUUUGUAAGUUAAAAUGUC